CUUGGGGAACAACUCAGUUGUGAUCAAAAUGAAAUUCGCUUGCGCUUCGGUUGUGCUUUUGGCCGCCAUCCUUGGGGCCCAGGCUGUCGACUGGCAGUCGGUGAAGAACCUGAACAUCGAGACCCCGAUGCCCAAGGUCCAUGGCGAGACUCUGCCCGGCGGAAGGAUUACCGGAGGUCAGUUGGCCGAGCCCAACCAGUUCCCCCACCAGGUGGGACUACUCCUGUACAUCACCGGAGGAGCUGCCUGGUGCGGAGGCAGCAUCAUCAGCAACCGCUGGGUCAUCACUGCCGCCCAUUGCACGGACAGCUUGACCACCGGUGUGGAUGUCUACCUGGGCGCCCACGAUCGCACCAACCCCAAGGAGGAGGGCCAGCAGAUCAUCUUCGUGGAGAAGAAGCAUGUGAUCGUGCACGAGAACUGGAUCGCCGAUACCAUCACCAACGAUAUCUCGCUGAUCAAGUUGCCCGUUCCCAUCGAGUUCAACAAGUACAUCCAGCCCGUCAACCUGCCCGUGAAGUCCGACAGCUACGCCACCUACGGCGGUGAGACGGCCAUUGCCUCCGGAUGGGGCAAGAUCAGCGACUCUGCUACCGGAGCCACCGAUAUCCUGCAGUACGCCGAGGUCCCAAUCAUGAACAACAGCGGCUGCUCCCCCUGGUACUUCGGCCUGGUCGCCAGCACCAACAUCUGCAUCAAGACCACCGGCGGCAUCUCCACCUGCAACGGCGACUCCGGCGGUCCUCUGAUCCUCAAGGACGACAGCACCCUGAUCGGACUCACCUCCUUCGGAAUCGCCCUUGGCUGCGAGGUGGGAUGGCCCGGUGUGUUCACCCGCGUCACCUCCUACCUGGACUGGAUCGAGGCCAAGACCGGUUUGGUCAACUACGGCAGCAACUAAGCGUUGAUUUUUUGCUUAAAAUAAAAGUUUAUUUUUGGAUUACAAGAAAUAGAA